CCCCUCCCCCCGAUGUGUGUGCUUAAUGAUGUUGACAUAUCUCCAAGAAUCAUUGAGUUGUCAAUUUAAAAACCUUAGGAGAGCGUAUGACAUAUGUGUAUUAAUCCUAUGUCUUCUUGGAUAAAACCCCUGUAUGAUAGGGCCUAUCACACCAAGGAGGGAUACUUCACCAGAAUCGGCCGGAGAACACAGAAACAUUCUUAGAUGAAGUUUUUAUCAUGACUUCUUAAUUUUCCGUCGUAUAAAUUUUUUUUUCGUUGGAAAACUUUUGAAAUUUUGUAGUCUGGAUUUUUAAACCUAGCUUCUGUGGCGGUGAGAGUUUGUUGUUUGAAAGAGACAAAAUGUUUGCUCUUCCUACUCUACAUUUUACACCUCAACAAGUAGCGCAAGUUUGUGAAACUUUGGAGGAAAGUGGAGACAUUGAACGCUUGGGACGUUUUCUCUGGUCUUUACCUGUCAACCCGUCCGCGUGCGAGGCUCUGAACAAGCAUGAAUCGGUACUGAGGGCCCGGGCUCUAGUUUCUUUCCACACAGGAAAUUACAGAGACCUUUAUCACAUUCUUGAACAUCACAAAUUUACCAAAGAAUCCCAUGCCAAACUUCAGGCAAUGUGGCUGGAGGCCCAUUACCAGGAGGCAGAGAAACUCCGAGGACGACCCUUAGGUCCAGUGGACAAAUACAGAGUCCGAAAGAAGUUUCCCCUCCCGAGGACGAUAUGGGACGGGGAGCAGAAGACGCACUGCUUCAAAGAGAGGACAAGAAACCUGCUCAGAGAAUGGUACCUACAGGACCCUUACCCGAACCCGACCAAAAAGAGAGAACUGGCUUCGGCUACAGGACUGACGCCUACCCAAGUGGGAAACUGGUUCAAGAACAGGCGACAAAGAGACAGGGCGGCUGCAGCUAAAAACAGACUUCAAAACCAUCAAAACGGAGACAAGCUGAACUGCCUGGGAGCAUCAUCGCCGACCGGCAGGUCGAUGACGUCAUUCGACGAUGACGAGAAAAUCGACGUUGACGUCGAGGACGAUGAUGACGACUUUGACAAUCUGGACGACUCUCGCAGUAGCACGAGUUCUCCCAACUCCCAGAUAUCUGCCCAGAGCCCACCCAGCCAACUCAAAUUGUCACUCACAUAAUUGUGACGUCACAAUUAUAUGCUUACUGCUUAUUGCGAUCUGGAAUCGAAACUGACGAUUUUUUUUCUUCUCGAACAGUUGUUUAAAAAGAUUUUCAGAAAGUGUGUAAGAAAAACGAUUUAGAUCGAGUCUUGCCAUCUGUGGAUGUUGUUUUGUUGCUAACACUUCAUGGACCUCGGUAUUGGGUGUUUCAUCGCUUUCAUAUGUGUAUCCCGUUAUUUUAUAGACUCUUGUUUAUUGUACAGAUUUGCCUCAUUAUGUGGUUGUCGAAGCAUUUUCAUUUUAUUUGAAGUGCUAAAACUUUAUACAUGCAUAUAUAUAAUCUUAUGAAUUUGUUAUUGUGGUGUACAAUUACCUGUGUGUACACUAGCGUACGUAAAACAAAAUAUUUGCUUUAAAACGGUGAAUUUAAAUGACAGUAGUACGGGUUGAAUUUUUUCGUUUAAACUACAGCACAAUUAACUUCACAAAAUAUCCACAAUAAAAAAUUGUUUAAGUUUAUUAUCAGAACUCGAUGUAAUUAGAGUAAUAUUUUGUCUAUAUACUACAUCUUUAUUCAUGAUCCUGAGCCCUUACUAGAAAUCUUGGUUUUCAUUUCCAACAAUUAAUGUACUCGAUAUCAAUCCUUAUCAUUUGCACAUAAGUGCACAUGUGGACACUAUAGUUAAUCACUGCGCAAUAAGUCAAAUGGUUAAGUAACUUAGGGAAAGUUAAAAAAGAAACAUCUGUAGUCAUGUAAAUUGUUAUAUUUACACUAAAACUUAUACCAAAGAUGUCAUAAAAAAUAUAGAAUGGCUACACAAGUUUCUUUAGAAUAAUAUUAGUCAAAAGUACACUAGUAAUAUGAAAAUUAAACUUGUGAAGUUUGAGAAAAAUAUAUUAGUAAGCGAGUACCGAUUUAUUGUUCCAUUUAUGUCCCCAUUGUUAUGUUAAUGAUUAAAGUGAUCGAAAUAUCAAGGAAA